AAUUACGUACCAUAGAUACACACCGCUCACGUAAAACGUAUGAAACAAAAUUCAACGCAUCGGUCAUAUUUCCGAGAAACGCGACCAAAAGCGAUAAUUAUUUUAAUUUGUAUUUGCAUGCUGACCUGUUCUACUUGUUGCUGGCAACAAUAUGGCAUGUAAAUCACAUUUUACAGAGGAUUCCGUUCGUUACAAGGAAGCGUGAAGCAACGAGAGAGAAAAAAAUUCGUUAUGUAUUCGAUUUACGCGUGGGGAAGCGCUUCCAUUCUCACCGUCAUUUGUGUCAUCAUGGAUUUCGUUCCCAGCGUGCCAAAGGAAUUGAUCCGACCGGAGAUCGGUGUAACGAAGUGUUGGUUCAAUACGAACGAGGCGAGGGCGUUAUAUUUUUACUUACCCAUGAGUGUCACCGUUGUCUGCAAUAUUUGCCUGUUUAUCUCUACUGCACUAAAAAUUGUGCGUCACAAGAAGGAUACAGCUGCUCAUUUGAGAAGCUCGGAAAGCAGACGCCACGAUGACAAUAAGCAAUGGUUCAAUCUCUAUCUGAAGUUGUUCAUCGUGAUGGGAAUAAACUGGUCCAUGGAAAUAAUAUCAUGGGUAUUCGAGACGAACUCGCCGGCCUACAUUUGGUAUUUGACCGAUCUGACAAACACCCUGCAAGGUCUCAUCAUCUUCAUUAUAUUCGUGUGGAAAGAAAAGAUCAA